AUGCACUUGAUACAUUAUCAGUUCAAUAUCUCUAAUAAAUUCUUCAGGGGCUUUACAUAACAUUACCUUCAUAACGAAUAUAUUAUGAGGACAGUAACAGUCUUUUUCACCAUUAAAAUAUUAAGACUUAUUUGCCUGGUAAUCAAAUUACUGAAUGAAUCGAAGCUCCACCCAGUUUCACCCUCACAUAAAACAUAUGGGCACAGCUGUACUAGACCACCCUCCUCCCUGGAGAUUAUUCCCAACCUGAGCUCGAACACAUCAGUAUCCAUUCCCCUUCAGCACUAUUUAAAAAAACAUAUUCAUAAAGGAGCCUGUUUCUCAGCCCAAACAAAAUGUGUCCUCUGAAUGAUAGUAACUCUGUGGAUACGGGAGACACGGCGAGAAAUGAGAGUCUGGCCCGGCUGGAAAUCGUUCUGCUCAGUGUCAUCUUCAUCAGCGCUGCCAUCCUCAACACAUCCCUGCUGCUGGUCCUCUGGAGACAGCGCAAACAGAUGUCCCGGAUGCGCGUCUUCGUCUUCCACCUGUGCCUGGCGGAUCUGGUGGUCGCUUUCUUCCAGGUGGGCCCGCAGCUCAUAUGGGAUAUAACAGACAGGUUCGUCGGACCAGACCUGGUGUGCCGCCUGGUGAAGUACCUUCAAGUGCUGGGCAUGUUUUCAUCCACGUACAUGAUUGUGGUGAUGACUGUUGACAGAUACCAAGCUGUCUGCAAUCCGAUGGUUAAGUUCCAGCGGACAAGCACAAGACUUAACAUCCCUGUGUGCUUGGCGUGGGGGGUUUCUCUGCUGGGCAGCUUGCCACAGGUCUUUAUUUUCGCACAGGUCCAGGUUGCACCUGGUGUAUUUGACUGCUGGGCCGAUUUUAUCCAGCCAUGGGGGCUAAAGACUUACAUAACCUGGACCACGUUGGUUAUUUUUAUUUUUCCAGUUAUUACACUUGUUGUUUGUCAAGUGCGCAUCUGCCGAGUCAUCCAGAUCAACUUGUACCAAAAGACUCAACAGCAGCGCAACGUGGGGCUGCAUCUGCCAUCCAGAGCCAGCGGUGUGGCCGGCAUGUCCAGGGCCAGGGUGAAGACCCUGAAGAUGACGGUGGUCAUCGUGCUGGUUUAUAUUGUCUGCUGGGCUCCUUUCUUCACAGUCCAGCUUUGGUCCGCCUGGGACGCACACGCACCAAAAGAAACUGCGACUUUCACCAUCCUGAUGUUGCUCGCCAGUCUGAACAGCUGCGCUAAUCCCUGCAUCUACCUUCUGUUCAGCGGUCACUUUCCAAAAAGGCUGAUGAGAUUCCUGUGCCAGCGGCCAUCCGACGGCAGGGAUUCAAUCCAUGAAGAGGCGACGUUGGUCAGCACGCUGUACAUGAGCUUCAAAAAUGUCUCCGAGUUAAAAUGAAGGCAAUGCGCUACAAUCUUGAUAUAGAAAAAUCGGAGCAGCCUGUGAGGUCUCCCUGCAUUGAAAAAACUUCCGAACAGAAGGCACGGAGAUAAAAAUAAAAAUAAGUAUUUAUCUGCCGGGAUCUCUGACAUGUGAAAAUAUGGCCUGUUCUGGAAGUAUUCCCCAGAAUCAAACCUGCAAUGGUUGUCCAUAAGUGAGAUCUGAGCUCCAGAUGUUCCCGGAUGAUGGAUGAUAAAAGAAAGAGAUUCUUGGACUGUACGAUGCCGAUUUGUGAAGAUGAAGAAUAAGUAUGGACAGUAUGUAAAUAACAGAAUGCCAUCAUAUUGUUAUGACUGUGUUUACCUCACAUUUAUUGUAAACUUUAUUUAAGCUUCAUGACUAUUUUUGAUCUUUUAGACAGAUUCGUCUGCAUUGGAUGUGUCAUGCUGUAAGGAUAAAGAAAACCCUAAGAAUCCAGUUGGUAUGUUGUGGAUUGUUUUUUUAGUAAAAUGCCAUUAGAAUACAUCGCAUUGUAUAACAGUUGUUUAGGUUGAAGACAAAUACUUUAAAGAUAAGAUUGAAUAUAUCUUUUUUUUUAAAUUAAGUUUAAAAAAAUGCUUAAAUAAACUGUUACAAAAAGUGUGUUUUCAUCAAAUAGAAAAGAAGAAGAAGGAACCCUUAAUCGUCCCACAGAGCGGAAAUGUACAUAGCAGUGGGCUGCCAUAUGUAAGGCACCCAUGGAGCAAUGUAGGGAAAUACAUAAUGUUUAGUGAUGAAAUGGAAUCCAUAAUCCAAAGAAACUGUUUUUCAUUUUAAAACUGUCAAAUACAUUUGUCACAUAUAAAUGUGCUUUUUGUGAAAAACAAAACCACACAGUGAGUGUAAAAUGUU